AUGAGAGACACAAAGGGAGCGAGGGAAAAUAUUCAAAGAGUAAAGCCGGUUGUCCGUCCUCAAGCAGAGGCGGGAGGGAGGGGGAAAAAGGGAGCGAGGGCGAAACGGUUCGGGAAGGAAGCUCGGCAGCAGGCUGUGGGAGGGCGAAAGGGGGGAAGCGGCAAGGGCAAAGGGGAAGGGCGAAGGGGAGGAGCGAGGCGAGGAGGGAAAAAAUUGAGCAGGUGGAAGAUCGAUGAUGUAACUCAAAGCGGCGAGCUCGAGGGGCGCCAAACCCGAACGGGCGACGGCAGGUUCGACGCGGCCAAUGGGCGGGGUCGACGGCAGCACGCCAGGCCCGUUCGGGAAGCAGCGCGAGGGCGAGGCCAUUACGAAUUGAUUAAGGAAAGAAAGAGAAAAGAGAUCAGAAGGAAAGAAGCCGCCCCGCAGUGGAGCACGGAGCGGAAGAACAUUGAGGGUUACGCGGAAGAAUCGUUAGAACUACGCGACUACGCGAGCGCGGAGCGUGAGGCAGAAGGGGUUGGUUGCAUGAUUGAAAUGAGUUAA